AUGGAAACAUUCAUCAAUAAAGCAUGGGGUAAGAUAACCAUUCCCAAAAUUUCUCUGCUCAGACAAGGAGUGUUCUUAUUUGAUUUUCAGUCUGAUCAACAGAUGAGAGAUGUGUUAGAUGCUGGACCUUGGUUUUUUGGCUCAAGGCCUUUGAUACUUAAGCCAUGGUCUACUGAAAUUGAUGUAGAGAAAGUUCAAGAUCUCUCCUAUCCUAUGUGGAUCCAGCUUCCAAAUCUUAAGCUUAAUUUGUGGAGUGCUACAGGAAUUAGUAAAAUCUCUAGCCAAAUUAGACGCCCUAUUACAACUGACAUGCUCACUGCCAAUAGGCAGAGAUUAAGCUAUGCCAGAGUCUUAGUUGAAGUUCAAUUACCUUUGAAGGAACCUUUGCCAGACUCAGUAGAUCUACUAGGGCCAGAUGGGAAAAAAUAUAAUCAGAAGAUCAUAUAUGAACUUAAGCCAAGGUGGUGCUCAAAUUGCAAUAUAAUUGGCCAUGAAACUGAAAGCUGCAGAAGACAAAAAUUAAAAAAAAUAUGGGUGCCUGUCAACAGGAAGGAAAAUAAUGUAGAAAAGGAUAUGAAUGCAUUGUCAGGCCAUCAUGUAUCUGGGGGACAGCAGGUGGCUGAUGAUAAUUUGCCAACAAAACAAAUGAAUCAGGAGAAAGCUCAAAUCAAUUCUGGCAAUAACAAGAUAGACUCUUCUGAAAGGCUGAAACAUGCACAAAUAGUGUCAGAUACUUACUUGAGGAUUGACACUGGAUAUCAUGCACUCCCUGAAAAUGAAUCAACUUCUACAGUAAAACAUGCACAGAGAAAGGUGACUGACACUCAAAGUGUUAGGCAGGGAGAUUAUGGAUUAGCAACUCUUCAUCAAUUUUCCUCCCCUACAAUUAAUGCUUCAGGAUUUACAAGUGUCAGCAAGGCAAAUGUUGCUAGAAAAGGGUGGAAGUAUAUAAUGCACUUCUCAAUUUGGAACAUCAGGGGAUUUAAUAAGUCCCCCAAGCACUUAAUUGUGAAACAACUGAUCCAUGACUAUAAGCUAUCCUUCAUAGCUUUAUUAGAAACUAAGCUUUCUUCAGGAAAAAUGGGAAAAAUAGCUCAAAAAAUUGCUAAGCACCGGGAAUGGACUUCUAAUGUCCAGGAAGCAGGCAAUGGGAGGAUUUGGCUUCUUUGGAACAGUGACAUCCUCUCUGUUCAAUGUAUCAAAGUCUCUAUCCAAUACAUAACUUGUUCUGUACUUUCAAGGGAUGGUAGGAUCUCUUGUUUAAUGUCUAUAGUCUAUGCUCUCAAUCAAAGGGAAGAUAUGAAGGCACUAUGGCAGGACCUUCAAAACUUCAAGUCAUCAGUAAAUUGCCCUUGGUUAACUGGGGGAGAUUUCAAUGCUAUUCUCAGUGAUGAUGAAAAACUGGGAGGUUCGACAGUCACUGAGGUUGAUACUGAAGAUUUCCAGAACUUCAUAUCUUCUAGUCAGCUGACACACAUUAAGACUACAGGUUGUUUUUACACUUGGAAUAACAAGCAAGGGACUGAUACUAGAAUAUGGAGCAGAUUAGAUAGAGUAUUAGUCAAUGAAUCAUGGAUCUUACAAUAUACCUCAAGCCAAGUAGAAUUCUUGCAGCCAGCUUGUUCUGAUCAUUCACCAGCUCUCUUAACAAUUGGAGAUGAUGAUAUUCAGGGCUACUACAUGUAUAAGAUACAUUCAAAGCUCAAGCUUCUCAAGCCAAUGUUGAAAGAGUUAAAUAAAAGGCACUUCAUGAACAUUAGUGAACAGGUAUUAAGAGCCAAGCAAGAGCUAACUGAUACUCAAUGUAAAUUGAGUACUGACCUUUUCAACUCUUAUCUCAUAUCCAAGGAAAAGGAUUGCUUGAAGAAAUAUUCCACUCUACUACACUGUGAGGAAUCUUUUUACAGGCAGAAAACCAACAUUAACUGGGCUGUGCAUGGAGAUAAAUCUUCCCAAUUCUUUCAUGCAAUCAUUAAAGCUAGAAGGCACCACAACAGGGUUCUAUCCCUUUAUACUGAUAAUGGUGACAGAAUCUCUGAUAUGCCUACAAUCAUUAAUGAGCUAACUGAAUAUUAUAAAAAACUUCUUGGAUCAUCAGGGAAUUAUUCUGUGCCUGACCCAGCUGUCAUUGCAAAUGGCCCUAUCUUAACUGCAGAUCAAAGGAGCAUGCUAGCAUCUCAUGUCACUAAGGAAGAAAUAAAAAAUGUUGUGUUCACAAUGUCAGAUGACAAAAGCCCUGGACCUGAUGGAUUCAGUGCAUCUUUUUUCAAAUCGGCUUGGAGUAUUAUUGCAGAUGAAGUAUGCAAAGCUACAGAGGAAUUCUUUCAUACUGGUAAACUUCUUGGUGCCUUUAACUCCACCUCAAUCACCUUAGUGCCUAAAAUCCUCAAUCCUAGAACACCAGCUGAUUACAGGCCCAUCUCAUGUUGCAACUGUAUAUACAAGGUGAUCUCUAAAAUCAUUACUGCAAGAAUUCAGAAAGUAAUUGGUUACCUGAUUGAUGAUGCACAAAGUGCAUUUGUUAAGGGAAGACUUAUCUCUAAUAAUAUCCUGUUAGCUCAUGAACUCCUCAAACAUUAUGGUAGAAGGCAUGUCUCUCCAAGGGCUGUUCUGAGUGUCGAUCUGAGAAAAGCUUUUGACAUGAUAAGUUGGGGUUUCAUCAGGCACAUGUUGACAGGUUUGGGAUUUCCUACUAAUAUGAUCAAUUGGAUCAUGGAAUGCAUCUCUACUCCUAGAUUCUCCUUAUCACUGAAUGGCUCCUUGCACGGGUACUUUGAGGGAGCUAGAGGACUUAGGCAAGGUGAUCCAUUAUCUCCCUUCUUAUUUGUAUUAGGGAUGGAGUAUCUAUCUAGGAAACUGAAGACUCUCAACCCAGAUAGAAGAUUCAAGCAUCAUCCAAAAUGUGCCAAAUUGAAUAUUACUCACUUGAUAUUUGCUAAUGACCUGCUACUAUUUUGUAGAGCUGAUCUGGACUCAAUAAAUAAAAUGCACAGCUGUCUUCAAGAAUUCAGCAAUGUCUCGGGGCUGGAGGCUAACUCUAGCAAAAGCUCAAUCCUCAUGAGUGGUAUUAAUGAUGACCUGAAGGCACAAAUCUGCUCAUUCUUAAACUUCUCAGAGGGUUCCUUGCCAAUGAGAUAUCUAGGCAUGCCACUGAUCUCAAAGAGGCUCUCCUUUCUUGAUUGCUCACCUCUGAUAUCCAAAAUCUCAGACCAAUUCCAAACUUGGCAGAACAGGAAAAACUUAUCAUAUGCGGGAAGAAUUCAACUUAUAAAGUCUGUUAUACUGGGAAUACAAAUCUAUUGGACAAGCAAUUAUAUCCUUCCGAUCAAGGUGCUGGAUAGGAUUGAUAAAAUGUGCUCUGCUUUUCUAUGGGGGAACAAAAUUCAUCUAGUCUCCUGGGCUGAGGAAAUUUGGCAAAUUCAAUCAAGGAAAAAUGACUCUUGGAUGUGGAGGCAACUCCUAAAGGUGAGAGAUUUGGUGAUCAACAGAUUUGGUAAUGUGGAGAAUGUAUACAGAGUUCUUGCUACCUGUCUCAAAGAUGGCAAUAUUCAAAUUUCAUCUAUAUACAGUUUUGUUUGGAAUGAAAUGAUGGAAUGGCUUGGCUUUACAUGGAGAUCAUGUGAUUGGGAUCAUGUGAUGAACUGGUUUUGUAACAACAUGAGGGGCCAAGGGUUCAUGAAGAAGAUGAAGAGAAUGGUACUGUCGGCAACUAUAUACUGGAUAUGGAAGGAGAGAAACUCAAGAAUUUUUCAGCAAAAAUGCCGAAGUCCAGACCAACUGGUGAGAGAGGUGAAGCUUACAGUCCUUAUGAAAGUGCUACAUGAAGAUAUCCCAGAUCAUUUGAGAGAGAAAGUUGAGAGGUUGUAA